UUGGAUCUUGACGCACUCGCUACGGACGUGUCAUUAUUACUUUGGAAACCGUUGUGAACUAUCAUUCAAAUCCUUAAAUUCUCAUCAUCAUCAUGGGUGGUUUAUUCUCAUCUGAAGAGGUCAACAUGGACGGCAAAGAAGCUACUUUCAUAAGAGGAAUCACACAUGACAAAUGUGUGGUAGUCUUCUCCAAGACUCACUGUCCAUUUUGUCACAAGGUCAAGAAAAUCUUCGAGGACUAUGACGCUAAUUAUGAAGUUGUCGAGCUGGACAAACGUUCUGAUACAAGUGCAAUGCAAGCUGUCCUUGGGAAAAUGACUGGUGCUUCUACGGUUCCACGAGUAUUCAUCAAGGGAAAAUGCGUCGGUGGCUACGACGACACGAAGAGACUUCAAGACUCUGGUCGGCUGGAGGAAAUGCUUCGAGAUUGUAAUGCCAUAGAAUAGCCCUGCCACGACAUCCCUCAAAAUGAUUGUACGGCACCGACACACGAAGAUAAGAACUUUUGAUGAUUGUAUUUAUGCAUAUUGAUGGUAAAGAUGUUGUUUUUUCCAGGGGAACUCCCUCAAAAUUGUCGUCCAGGACUCCAGGUCCCCGUUGCAUAGAAGUUACUAUUUCAGAGCUGCCAAGUAGAACAGAUUUUCAGGACUUACUGAAAAAUGAGAAGAAUACCAUGGUUUCAUGCAAAAUAUU